CACGAAAUCAUCAAACGUUCAGUCUGUCAACAAAAGGGAGAGAGAGUGAGUGACCAAUAAUAGCUCUCUAAUAAUAAAUUGUAAUUCUUCAGUCCAAAGUUUCAAAAUAUUUACUAUCGUUUUUUGUUGCUUCUUCAUCAUACGUAUCUUAUUGCAAAACCGUAACACGGUGAUAUAGAAUCAUUAAUAAGCGAACUCGUCGUGUGUAACCAGCAAAAAUUGUGUUCGAAAAAUUAUAGAGUUAAAAAAAAUGUUGAAGUUCGGACAACUUGUAGCUAGAAAUAGCAGAAUCGUUUCAAAUGUAGAAUUCAAGAGAGCGCUAGCAACGGCAGCUGGCCAACCGAAAGUACAAGCUGAAAAGAAGGAUGCAAAAUUGCAGCCGAACUUUUCCUUCAUGGCGAAUAUGUUUCGCGGAGAAUUGGAAGCGUCACAAGUUUUUCCCUAUCCCGAUGUCCUAACCGAGGAACAACGAGAAACUAUUCAGAUGUUCGUCGAUCCGGUAACAAAAUUCUUUACGGAAGUAAAUGACCCAGUUAAAAAUGACGAUACAGCGACAAUCGAUCCAGCCACUCAAAGUGCUUUGUGGGAAUUGGGCGGUAUGUCAUUCCAAGUCCCAGCAGAAUAUGGUGGAAUCGGUGCGAACAAUACGCAAUACGCGAGAAUGGGAGAAAUAGUAGGAGCGAACGAUUUAGGACUUGGAAUCUGUUUGGGCGCACAUCAGAGUAUAGGAUUUAAGGGAAUUUUGUUGUUUGGAACGCCCGAACAAAAACAAAAGUACUUGCCAAUGGUAACCGAUCAAGGAAGAGUGUUUGCUGCGUUCUGUUUAACCGAACCGGGUAGUGGUUCGGAUGCUUCUUCAAUAAAAACGCGUGCUGUUCUUUCUCCUGAUGGUAAACAUUUCGUUCUCAACGGAUCCAAAAUUUGGAUAUCUAACGGAGGCAUUGCUGACAUCCUUACUGUGUUCGCUAAGACUGAAAUUGUUGAUCCAAAAACCGGCAAGACAAGGGACAAAGUUACUGCGUUCAUCGUUGAGCGUGGUUUUGGUGGUGUGACAAAUGGCCCACCAGAGAAGAAAAUGGGAAUAAAGUGUUCAAAUACCGCGGAAGUGUACUUCGAAGAUUGUAAAGUGCCGGUUGAAAAUGUUAUCGGUGAAGUCGGAGAUGGAUUCAAAGUGGCUAUGCAAAUUUUGAAUAAUGGACGUUUCGGAAUGGCUGGUACACUUGCUGGAACGAUGGCCACAUGCAUUAAAAAAGCAUCAGAAUUUGCCGCAAAUCGUCUUCAGUUCGGCAAAAAAAUUGAGGAAUUCGAAGGAGUCCAAGAGAAAUUGGCACGUAUGGCCACAUUGCAGUACACUGCACAGUCCAUGGCAUACAUGAUAUCGGGUAACAUGGAUCGUGGCAGUCAAGAUUAUCAUUUAGAGGCAGCAAUUUCCAAAGUAUUCGCUUCUGAGGCAGCUUGGUACGUUUGUGACGAGGCGAUUCAAAUUAUGGGCGGCAUGGGUUUCAUGAAAGACACUGGUUUGGAACGAAUCCUGAGAGAUCUGAGAAUUUUCAGAAUCUUUGAAGGCACAAACGACAUUUUGAGAUUGUUUGUCGCUCUUACUGGAAUCCAAUACGCCGGAUCUCAUCUGAAGGAACUGCAGAAAGCAUUCAGAAAUCCUACAGCCAAUUUGGGUCUCAUUUUGAACGAAUUUUUGAACAGAUCAAUUCGUUCUGUUGGAUUGGGAGGUGUGGAUUUGAGCCAACAUGUGCAUCCGAGUCUACAGGAUUCAGCUAAACUUUGUGGUGAAUCCAUUCAAUUGUUCGGUAAGACUGUUGAGCAGCUACUUAUCAAACAUGGCAAAAAUAUCGUCGACCAGCAAUUCCUGUUGAAUCGUUUGGCUGAUUGUGCAAUUGAUACCUAUGCAAUGGUCGUUGUUCUAUCCAGAGCAUCAACGUCACUAAACAAGAAAUUGGACACAGCCGAUCAUGAACGUUUGAUGGCCGAGGCUUGGUGCAUUGAGGCCUACGAUCGAAUUCAGGUGAACAACAAGAAAAUCCACAAUCCCGCUUUCCAUAGUUUAUACGGCAAAAUGUCCACAAUUUCCAAGACUAUAUGCGCGAAUCAAGGUGUCGUCACAGUUAGUCCAAUUGAUGUGUGAAAAAUAGUAUUAAACUUCGGUCCCGAUUAAUGUUAAUUCAUCGAUUCAUUUCGCUUCCUUACUAACUCUAUUUAAAUAUUUGGUUCGAAUUAAAUUAUUUACCAACAAGUGAGCCACAUGUACUACAUAAUGUUCGUCUACAAAAAGGAUUAAAUCAUUUUUUGAAAUUGUAAAA